GGUUAGCUGCCUAUCAGAACAAGUACAAAUAUAUGAACUAAAACAAAUGCCGAAUGUAUAAAGGUAAUAUAAUAAUCAAACAACAAUCAAGGGCUCUGCAUAGAACAGUUGAUAAUGGAAAUAUUGACAAGGUAGUAAUUUAAGAUAGAUAAUAUUCCAGUUAUCCGUCUGUGACUGCAGGAAACUUUUCGUUCACGAAUCGGAGCUGUUUUUGCUUUCUGUACAAUUACUUUGGGGUAAACAUGGCUUCCUCUAUGGUUGUUCCCGUUAUUGAUGUCCAGAAUGAUACCUUCAAUGAGCUUUGGCCUGCCAUGGUAUUGGCCAUAAAAACGUCUUCCUUCGUUGCACUGGACACGGAGCUGAGUGGUCUUGGAAACAGGAAAUCCUUGCUGGCCGAAUCUAUAGAGGACAGAUAUAAAGCCAUCUGCCAUGCAGCUCGCUCUCGCUCCAUCCUCUCUCUGGGAUUCGCCUGUUACAAGAAACUGGACGAUAAGGCUGCAGACACGUACCUGGUCCAGGUGUAUAACCUCACCCUGCUGUGUUCAGAGGAGUACAUCAUAGAGCCUCAGUCAGUCCAGUUCCUGGUUCAGCAUGGCUUUGACUUUAACAAGCAGUACGCCCAUGGAAUCCCAUACUGCAAGGGCAAUAAUAAGGCAGAAUCAGAUGAUCGGGGGGUCCACAUCCGAGCGUUAUUCACUGAACUGCUGCGUGCCAAGAAGCCCCUGGUGCUCCACAACGGCCUCAUCGACAUGGCCUUCCUUUACCAGAGUUUUUAUGCACAUCUGCCCGACCGCUUGACCACCUUCACAGCCGACCUGUCUGAGAUGUUUCCUGCCGGCAUCUACGACACCAAAUAUGUCGCUGAGUUCGAGCUCCGACUCACUGCCUCAUAUCUGGAGUAUGCCUAUAAGAAAUGUAAGCUGGAUAGCAGUCGCAGGGGCACCCCUGGAGGAACUGAGCCUCACGUUCAGCUAGAGUUCUGUCAGUACGCCGGUCAGAUGUCCAGCUACGUGGACUACAGAGUGUGUCCAGCUGUGGGCUCUGUUGAGGGACAGACUGACGUUUGCCAGCGCUUCUCCGCAUUUGGCUGGUGUCCAAAUGGCAGCGAGUGUCUAUUAUCCCACGACACUGACCUGAUCAUCCUCCAGGACGAGAAAGACCUGGGGAAGAAGAGCACUAAGAGGAAGAGACGUAAAGAAAAGAGGAAAGGUAAAGGCGAGGCAGCGGAAGACGGUGCCCCUCAACACAAAAUCCCCCACAUGGAGGUGGAUCUGCAAGAAGCGCCAGAUGAGAAGCAAGGGGCCGAGUCUUCCUCAGAAAAAGGGUCUCUAAUGGACACCCAACAGAAUAAACAAGAGAAAACAGACAUCGAGGGGAACGGAGUGAGCCAAGACAACACACUUGAAAUAACACCCACUACUGAUGACAACGCAAAAACCAACACAAAUGCUGGUGAAGAAAGCAGAACAAAAGAUGGAGGAAGUGAAAAAUUAAGCGAGAAAUCGUCCAAGACUGAGCAGAAGAAGAACACUGACUCAGGAUCGCACCGUGCCGGGUUCGACGCCUUUAUGACGGGAUACAUUUUUGCCCAUUCAUGUACCCUGAACAAGAAGAAAGGAGUGGAAGCUGUAGAGAAGAAGGAGGAAGAGGAGUCCUGGGUUCCUUCGUGUCUCAAUAAGGUCUACCUCAGCGGUAAAUCUGCUCCUCUCAACGUGGUUAAAAGCACCUUCUCCAAAUCAUCCAAGGCCCAUGUGGCGAAGAUGGAGAUGGUUUGGGGAAAGAAAGUGUAGUGUACACACUUGAACACAGUAUUUAAGUGUUUAUAUUAGGGCUGCAACUAAUUAUUAUUUUAAUUAUUAAUCUGCAGAUUACUUUUACGAUAAACUGUUUGUUCAAUAAAUUGUCCAAAAAUAAUAAAAAAGGAACAAUUCCGUUUCUCAAAGUCCAA